GAAAAAAUAAAUUCUGGAAAGAGCUGCUGCUCCUCCUCGCGAUCUAAGUGAGCUUUCUCGUACUUUACUAUACCAAUUGAAGCCAGUCCUCCUCAGCUGAUCCGAAAGCUCCCAACUUUCAUUCCCCUUAUGGUGGAGAUGGGGCGGGGAAAGAUUGAGAUAAAACGGAUCGAGAACUCAACGAACCGCCAAGUGACUUUCUCGAAGAGGCGGAAUGGAAUCAUGAAGAAGGCCAAGGAGAUCAGCGUGCUAUGCGACGCCCAGGUCUCGCUUGUUAUCUUUUCCAGCCUUGGAAAGAUGUUUGAGUAUUGUAGCCCCUCCACCACGUUGUCGAAGAUGCUGGAGAAAUAUCAGCAAAACUCGGGCAAGAAACUCUGGGACGCAAAACACGAGAACUUGAGCGCGGAAAUCGAUCGCAUCAAGAAGGAGAAUGAUAAUAUGCAGAUCGAACUCAGGCAUUUGAAAGGGGAGGAUCUGAACUCUCUUAACCCAAAAGAGCUCAUCCCGAUCGAGGAAGCCCUCCAGAAUGGUCUUACUGGUGUUCGAGAUAAACAGAUGGACUUCUUGAAGAUGCUAAAAAAGAAUGAAAGAAUGCUUGAAGAGGAAAAUAAAAGGCUCACAUACCUAUUGCAUCAUCAGCAACUAGCAAUGGAAGGGAGCAUGAGAGAACUGGACAUCGGCUAUCAUCAGAAAGAUAGGGAGUAUGCAGCUCAGAUGCCAUUGACCUUUCGUGUGCAGCCCAUCCAGCCAAACUUGCAGGGAAAUAAGUAACACUAUUAGCCUACUACUUUCCUCUUAAUUAAAUGAAUUUUAAUAUUAGCUUUUUAGCAGUUUCAUUAGAAUAUGAAGAACUUCAGUGAUGUUCAUGAGAUAUGUGCGUGCUACUGAUAUUGAUAUUGUAACUGCUUCAUGACUGCAGUACUAUGUAUUUAAGCUUAUUGUCUUUGGCUUCAGCACUGUUCAAUUGUAGUAGAUACCUACUCAGUAUUUCGUGAAGGGUUUUCUGCUAAUUCAUCUCGAAAGUCAUUAGUAGUCAUGGUAAAGGACUUCUAUGUUAUUCUCAAUUUUUUAUAACUAUGUUCUUAAGGUAAUCUCUUUGAUUGG